AAGGUGCUCGUGCGCAAUGCCUUGUCACCUCCGCGCCUGCAGGGGUCGACGAUUCUGUUCGCGUGCUGCAUUCUGGAACCGCUCUACUUCCUGCCUUCGGGGUUCUUUUCCGGUUGCCUUUCACUGACUCAGUCGCCAUUUUUUUCAGUCGUUCGAGAGAAAGGAGGUUAGUAUUGAGGUGAAGCUUUUAACGCCGUGGCUUUUCACUCGAAAUAUUCGGAUAGUUUGGUUGUGUGUAACAGAGGUAAACAAUUUAACAAGACUGAAGCAUUUGAAAAUGAGCGGAUGUCGAGUGUUCAUCGGUCGGCUGAGCCCACACGCCAGAGAGAGGGACGUGGAGAAGUUUUUCAAAGGAUUUGGGCACAUUCGGGAGAUCAAUCUAAAAAACGGCUUUGGCUUUGUGGAGUUUGAUGACCACAGAGAUGCUGAUGAUGCAGUCUAUGAACUGAAUGGGAAAGAACUGUGCAGUGAAAGGGUCACAAUAGAGCAUGCCCGCUCUCCCAGAGGGAGAGGAGGUGGAGGAGCUGGAGGAGGAGGUGGUGGAAGGUUCUCUCCGCGGUUCAGCAGCUAUCGUCAGUCUCGUGGCUCAAUGUAUGGUCCUCCUGUGCGCACAGAGCACAGAAUCAUUGUUGAGAACCUCUCGUCCCGGAUAAGUUGGCAGGAUCUGAAGGAUAUGAUGAGGAAGGUUGGUGAAGUCACAUUUGUGGAUGCACACAGAUCCAACAAGAAUGAAGGAGUGGUGGAAUUUGCUUCACACAGCGAUAUGAAGAACGCCAUUGAUAAACUAGAUGGAACUGAGCUUAACGGACGCAAACUCAAACUGACUGAAGAACGCAAGAGGAAAAGUCGCUCCCGCUCCAGGAGCUACACCAGGUCUCGCAGUCGUUCCCGAUCCAGGAGCCGUUCCAAAUCCCCGAGCAGGAGCCGAAGCAGGAAACGCAGCCGUACCAGGUCCCGCUCGCUGAGCCGCAGUCCAGAGAGGAAGCCCCUUCCCCGGGCAGCCCCGCACUCCCCCUCCCGCUCCCCUUCUCGCUCCAAGUCUCGAUCCCACUCCCGAUCCCCUCCAGUGCAGAAGAGGCUGUCCAGAUCCAGGUCCCCCUCAGCUGAGAGCCAGCACUGAGAGCCGUCUCCCUGCCUGCAUCAGCUGUAUCUGUAGAUCUAGUUACAGCUCUCGUAUCUGGUUAGAAUUGCAGUCCUCUGUCUGUUAAAGCAGCUGCUGGUAGCGUGAUUUAUUGUAGGUUGCAUAAUAGAAACUCAUAGGAGAUGCUCUUUUUACACAUUGGGCAUAAUUUUUUUUUUAAAUUUGAAAAAUGCAGUGUUAUCCAUCUAAUGUUUGGAUCCUCCCCAACCUCCAACAUCUGCACUUGGCAGCCUGUCUUGGAUGGCGACAGUCAAUUCAUUAAAAAAAUGAACAAAUAAUAAAUUCUGCUCCUUCAUACUUUUAAUUGUCCUGCAAUUUAAUUUCGUACAUAGAUGCUUGCUAAGGCAAGUGAUGUCCCUAGGUGGACCUGUUUGUAUGCAAAGCGCAAGACGUUUUUUUCAUUUUUCCAUUAGUUAUUAUUUUGUGACAGGUAUUGGUGUUCUAACUAGUGGGCAUCAAUUUUUCCAGGUGGUGUUUUUGGUUUUCUUGCAACACCAAAAAUCCAAACAAAACACCUGAACUGUAUUAGCAUUUUUUUUGUUUUGUUUUGCAAUGCAGUCUUGUAACCUGAAUGAGCCAAGAGAUGACCUCUUCCAUUUCAAAUUAUACAGACAGCAAGCCUAAACCUAGGCAGUGACGCAACGCUGCGAAUUUUAUUCAGGGUUAUACUAUUACCUUGAACUACUUUAUUCUGCUUAAAGGGGUGGACAGUAACCCAUAAGCAGUUAAUAGGUGUCUUUUGUUUUGUUUUUUCCCCCCCGAAGGCUCUGCACAGCAAAGUGGGGAAGGGUGGUGAUACCAAUGAACCUGGGGAACCGAUCUGUAAAUGUUAUGCUGUGUUUAACAGGGAAUGUACUAUAGGGGCCUAGUGGGGAGGGAGAGGGCAGGUUCAAUUGGAAAUGUUUAUACUCAAGUUUUAUAAAAAAAAAUGUUUUUGCUUGCUCUAAAAUCCUGACAUGUAGAAGAAUAUGUUGCUCUGGCUUUUGUUGUAAUUUUGUGCUGAAGGGAAUUAAAUUUAUAUGGACCAAUUGGUAA